AUUGAUCGAGCCAGACCAUCCAUACCAAUCGAGGAAUAUCAAAAACCAAGAUCAAAGAAAUUAUCAGAAUUAAGACAUCUAAUCAUUUUUACCGUGACUGUUGUGCUGGGUGCUGAUACCAAUACCACUAUCGCAAAAGUAGACGAGAUGUUACGUUUUGAAGGCCAACUUGCAAACGUAUCUUUACUGGACGACUUAUUUCAACCAGGCCCCGUUUUUAACACCAGUCUUCUAUAUUUUCAGCAUAUGGUGCCUCAGUUCGACUGGAUUGGUUACUUCAACGAACUGUUUAAACCAUUGUGGAUUCCUAAAUCAGAAAUACUCUACCCGAAAACACUUGUCUACCUAAGAAGAGCGUUGAGAAUAAUACAGAACACGCCAAAAAGCGUACUAGCCAAUUAUAUGGUAUGGUACGUCUUAAGAAGCGAGGUCAAGUGGCUUUCGGUAAAAUACUAUGAAGCAAUGAAGGGUAUUAAAGUGCCAAAACAGAUUCGUUUCCAUUCUUGUGUUUAUUCAUCUGAGACGUCUUUUGGUGAUUUGCUAAUGGUUGCAUACAUCAACGACAACCAUACACAACUUGUAAGGUCGAAAAACAUGGCAAAGAUCAUGGCAAACGAAGAAAUUCAAGCUUUUGGAGAAAACGUCAAAGAACUGACUUGGUUAGAUAAUGCCGCUAAAAGUGAAGCAAUUCAAAAGAUUAAUGCCAUGGCUAUCCAUGUCGCCUUUCCAGAUUAUAUGUUGAACAGCACAAAACUCGCUAUCUUAUUCGAAAAGUACAGAGGCCUAAACAUCACAGCAGAAACCUAUUACAAAAACAAAGUGUCCAUCAAGAAACGACUCAGGCAACACGAAAUCAAAGACUUCAGAAAGCCCAUAGAUAGUGCAUUAUGGAAAUUUCCUCCUCCCCAAGCACUUACCUGGUACUUUGUCGACAGCAAUUCAUUAUAUGUUUCAGAAGAAUAUGUUCGCCCACCACUCUUCUAUCAUAACGAAUUUCUAAGAGCUUAUAACUUUGGGAUAUUUGGUUCUACUGCUGGUCACUUGGCGACGAAAGCUCUUAGCGCAGAUGGUAAAUAUUUUGACAAGGAUAGAAAAAGAAGAAAUUGGUGGUCACAACAAUCGCAUCAAGAAUUUGAUGAAAGACUACGUUGCUACGUAAAGCAAUACUCCGCGUACAAGACAUUAGGAAAAUGGCCAAUCAACGGGGAAAAAACAGUUAACGAGAAUAUUGCAGACAACGACGGUCUAAAAUUAACUAUCAAGGCGUAUUACAACUGGGCAAAGCGAAAUCCCAAUGAAAUGUGGCUGCUACCUGGACUGAAUUUCACCAAUGAACAGCUGGUUUACAUUGGAUUUGCUCAGGGUCAUUGUGGUUACACCCCCCCUCAAGAUCAAUACCAUAGGAAGGACUCGAGACAUGGAGAUAGAAAGUUCAGGGUUAUUGGAACGUUGGCAAAUUCUAUUGAGUUCGCCAAUGCAUUCAACUGCAAAAUAAACAGCACGAUGAAUCCAAUCAAGAAAUGUCAUCUCUAUAGUAAAGAUGGACCAUUGGACUAACAGUACGGUCUCUUGUUAAAGCUACCGUCGAUUGUUAAGGCGUUCCAACCUGUAAUCGCCGGAUAUGCUUUGUAUCAAACACAGAAGAGUCCAUGAUGAUUGAAUAAAAAGAUGAACGUCUUCAAAA